UGACACAAUCAUUUUUCAUUCAUCAAACCAACAAAGUUUGUAAAACCAAGAACACAUCUGAUUGAAAUCAAUCAGUUCUUUGCCCGAAAGAUAAUUACACUUGCCAUAAACUUUCAAGUACUUAUCGAUUCAACAAGUGAAGAAAAAAAAAACAAGAAUUGACUGAAAACCGCAUAGGAAAUGGGGAAUGAAAAGAAACAAUCGACAAAAAGUGAAGUGAAGAAAGAGCCCAGCUCUGAAAAACCACUGGAAUCGAAUGACCGAAUGGUGUCUGUGACUCCGAGCAACAUUCAAUCAGUUGAUUCAUUCGAGAUCAAACAGGAAAGCGACAUCAAACAGGAGCCAGUGUCUGCUGGUGAAUUGGUUGACAUUUUGGUAUCGACUCAUCGCAAUACGGUACAUGUCCCUGGUUUCAACGAACGUGACACUGAAUACGAUUUUGAUCACUUAAGCUUCGACGAGGUUAAAGCCGAGGUGAAGAACGAAUGUGACAAAAAGAAAGAAGAGAAGGCGAAGACAAGUGCUGACAACGGGAAGCAAGCGAUGGUUGACCAACAAGACCGACAGCCACCUUCACAGAACGAAGAAGAUUUGUACACGGUAGCAAAUGGAAAUGAGGCACACAACACACAGUAA